AUUUUCUACUAAUUUUCAGUACUCGAAUUUGAACUUGAACCGUGUGUACUGAGUAGUAAAGUCAACGAUUUAUUUUUCUGAUUCUUAAAGUUGGAAAUUUAUAUUCUAUCGGAUUUAACCUAAAAUUUUCAAUAUGUGGCCAGAAGUUGAAAAAGCAAAAAAUGAAAAUAGACAUGAAAUUAUCCUAACUGGUGGGGAAAUUAGCCAAAGAAUUGAGAAAAACGGUUUGGAUUUAUCAGUUUUCAAUUUAAUCGGUUUAAAUUUUUUAAAUAUAAGCGAUACUAUUUUAAACACUAUCCCAGAUGAAAUAGCUAAACUGACUAAUUUACAGACUUUAUUAUUACACUCUAAUAAGUUAGAGGAAAUUAAUGAAAGCCUGUGUCGUUUGGAUAAGCUAAAGACUUUGGACUUAUCCAGAAACGCUAUAAAAGUUCUUCCAGAUACUUUGGCGAAUUUGUUACAUUUGGUAACUUUAAAUAUAAGUGGAAACAAAUUAGAAAACUUCCCAGCCUUGUCCAAAAACAGCAAGUUAAGUGUACUGGAUUUAUCAAAUAACAAAUUAAAAUCAUUUCCCCAAAUUUGCUCAGAAGAACUCGCUAAUUUGUCAGAACUAAAACUUCAUGGUAAUGAAAUUGAAGAAAUCCCUAAUACCAUCAGCAGUUUACCUGCUCUGAAGCUUUUUGAUAUAAGUUCUAAUAAAAUUAAAGUUAUACCUGGUGAAUUGUCUGACUGCCACAAAUUAAAAGAAAUAAAUUUGAAAUCGAACCCAAUAGCUGAUCGACGUUUAUUUAAACUAAUCGAUCAAUGCAGGACAAAGCAAGUUCUGGACUAUGUUAAACAGCAUUGUACAAAAUCGGCUGUCACUACACAAGUUACUAAUAGUAAAAGUAAGAAUAAGAAAGGAAUGAGCAAAUCCAUCGAUGAAGUUGAAAAUGAAGUUAAUACUGACUACAAAUAUUCAAUAAAUGUGAAACAUGUCGAUGAAAAUUUUAAGGUUCUCGUGAUGAACGCCGUAAAAAACGUAAGGGAACAUUUUGCUGCUUGCAUAUUGCACAACGUUAAGUUCAACGAAGAGUCCUUUAAAAAAUUCAUACAACUGCAAAAUAAGUUGCACGAUACUAUUUGUGAUAAAAGAAAUACGGCCACCAUUGCCACCCACGAUUUUAAUAAAAUUCCAAGCGGAAAUUUGACGUAUACCACCUCGCCUCCUAAUGAUUUGUUAAUAACACCAUUGAACAGAACAACGGCCAUGACAGGUGCGGAACUUUUCAAUAAACUCCAGACCGAAGCGAACAACUUGCGAAAGGAGAAAAAACGCAACACCUACAGCGGCAUUCAUAAGUACUUGUACCUUAUCGAAGGAAAACCGCUGUAUCCUUGCCUGCUGAACGAAAAAAAUGAAGUCAUAUCUUUCCCGCCGAUCACUAAUUCUGACAUAUCGAAGAUUGAAGUUGGGACAACGAAAAUAUUUGUAGAAGUUACCAGUUCAGUAUCGCAGUUCGUCUGUAAGAACGUGCUGGACACGCUUUUAAAAGAAAUGGUCCUCCUUUUCGGUAAAGACUUGGACGUGCAGCAGGUGAAAACCGUGGAUCACGAAGACCACUUAAAGGUAGUUUACCCCUCUAAAACGGAUCUUAAUUUCGAAGUUAACGUCCCCAUUAAAAUUGUUAGGGGGUAGUUUUAUACAUUAUAUCAGACUUUAUUUGUAAAAGGUUUAUAUUUUUGUAGUUUUUGUACUUUUACAAAACAAAAAUUUUACUCCGCAAAAUAUUUCAUUUAUAAAACGUCCCGAUUUGACGGUGUACAGGGCACUAAGUAACGAGCAAAAAUGGAAAUUAAGCUCAAAUUUUUUUUAUCAGUCUACUAUAACAAUAUCGGAAAAUAUAAUUUCCUUGAAAUUGAAGUUUUUAUUUGAAAUCCGAUAACAUGACAUUGUUCUGUACCCCACAAAGUGACUUCAUACCUGUUUCUAUCGAAAUGUAUUAAUUUAUGAAUUUUAUACAUCAAUAAAUUAAUUUUUUUUUAAGAUUUUUCCAAAUUAAUUUUGAAUAAAGAACAAUUUACACUUUUUCAUAUUUUCUUGUACAAUUAACCUGUAUCAUGUUCGAUAUCGAAUAAAAAAAAUUGACGUUUUUAAAAAAUUGGCACCUGAGGAAAAUCUUGUUAGGCAUCAUAAAAUUAACAAUUUUAUGGAAACGUGAUAUAUUUGACUUUUUUGUUUUUCCUCAUUUAUAUUAAUGGCCUACACAAGUGCAAAACGGGAUAUGCUACAUGUGAAUUUAAACUUUAAUUUGUUCAAAUUAUACUGUAAAAUAAUUAAUUUGAAGGAAAAAGUUACCUACGAUAAUCACCAGUGAGGAUUGUUACUUAUUUUGUAGUUAAAUUUUGAAAAUUAAAAUAAUAAUGACCAUUUUUUUUAUUUUUUAAUACCUUUUAUUGUACUUAUAUAAAAUUUAAUUUUUGAAUUUGAAAAUGAUCAACCUCUGUUAAAUUUGGCAGGAAUUAUAUUUCUUUAUUAUUUAUACAUUAUGUUUUAUUAACAUCGCCUGAGUAUUUCGUUUAUUUUAAUAUUU